CCGACCUCAUAGUAGCCACUGUUAUAAAAUAUUAAAUAUACCCCUUUAGUCGCGCAAUUUUAGCAUCUACUGUAACCGUCGUCAUUUAUCACAGCAUUUCGUCGUGAUACUUGACAUCUGUAUUCAGAUACUGGCGUUUUUACAUUAAGGCUGAAUAUUAUUUCCAAGGACGCUUCAUAUUGAGUGUCGUCGACAGAUUUUCGGCCCAAUAUGUUGAAAGCCGGCAGUGUUCCAAAAGAGGCAGAUGUGGUCGUUGUGGGUGGCGGCACAACUGGUAUCGUUGUUGCGACGCGACUGGCAAAGGCGGAUCCUCGACUGUCAAUCGUUAUCCUUGAACAAGGGGUCAAUGUCCGAAAUGACCCGCAAAUCAUCAAUCCGGCUCUCUAUCUUACAAAUAUCCGCCCCGACUCUAAAACGGCCACCUUUCACAAAUCUGAGCCUUCAAAAGACAUUGCAGGGCGCGAAAUCAUUGUACCAUCCGGAAGAUGUCUAGGGGGAGGCAGCGCAAUAAAUUUCAUGGUCUACUCUCGACCUCAGAGCAUUGAUUUUGAUGACUGGAAGACAGAUGGAUGGAGGAGCUCUGAUAUGAUACCAUUUCUAAGGAAGUAUGAAAAUUUCCAAGACACUGACCCCGGUAUCAACGAACAAUUACAUGGAUACCAGGGUGAGCUCAGCGUGUCGCCAGGCACCAACGCACAGCCUGCUUUUCAGGAUGAUUUCUUCAAAGCCUGUAAAGAUGUAGGUAUAGAAAAAACCGCAGAUGUCCAGGAUCUCAAAACUUCCAAUGCUGUUGGUAAAUGGAAUAUGUGGAUUGAUCGCAACACCGGUUUGAGGCAAGACGUUGCCCACCGGUAUUUGUUCCCUACCAUAGACCAAGCGAAUACAUCACUUCAAGUGGCGACUGACAUCAAGGUCGCUCGGAUCUUGUUUGACAACAACAAGGUUGCUUCAGGUGUCGAAUAUUUGACAAGUGGUGAUGUCAAAGGCCAACCACAAGUAAUUAGAGCCACAAAACUUGUCGUUCUCGCCAGCGGUGCCUUAGGGUCUCCCCCAAUUUUGGAAAGAUCAGGCAUCGGUGGAAAGGGUACGUUGGAUAAACUUAACAUUCCAUUGGUCUCCAACUUGCCAGGCGUGGGUUCCUGUUAUCAAGACCACAACGUUAUUUUCUAUCCUUACAAAUCGACCGCCGGCAAGGACGAGACUCUUGAUGGAGUACUCAGCGGACGACUUCGAUUUGAAGAAGCCUUUCAGGCCAAGCUUUCCAACCCAAAAAGGUAUAUUCUUGGUUGGAAUGGCUUGGAUUGCGUAGGAAAACUUCGCCCAUCGAAAUCAGACGUAGCAUCGUUUAGCCCAGCACUACAGCAAGCAUGGGAGAAAGAUUUCGAACCUCGACCCGAAAGACCAUUGAUGCUGAUCUCAACAUUAGCAGCUUAUCCUGGAGAUCAUUCCGGAAUUGAAGACGGUCAGUAUUUCUGUUGCGGUCCAUAUACCCCCUAUCCCUACUCUCGCGGCUCUGUACACAUCAAAAGUAAGUCGGCCUUUGAGGAACCUGAAUUUCAUUGUGGAUUCCUCUCAGACCCGCUGGACCUCGAGAAAUCGGUAUGGGGAUAUAAGCUACAACGUGAUAUCGUUCGCCGCAUGUCUCAUUAUCGAGGUCCUUUGCAAGCUGGGCACCCUACUUUCCCAUCAGGGUCCAAGGCAGAUUACGACUCUGUAGAUAAAGCAUCUACAGCCCAAGGCUAUCCGGUACCAAUCAAAUAUUCCAAGGAAGAUGACGAGGUAAUCGCCACCUUUAUCAGGGAAAGGAUACAAACAACGUGGCAUAGUAUGGGCACAUGCGCGAUGAAGCCCCGAGAAUCGAACGGGGUUGUUGAUGAAAACCUGAAUGUUUAUGGAGUGGCUAAUCUGAAGGUUGUCGACCUGUCGAUCUGUCCGUCCAAUGUAUCCGCGAACACGUAUGCAACGGCUCUUGCGAUCGGGGAGAAAGCGGCUUCGCUGAUAGCAAAAGGCUUGGGAAUACCAUACUCGAUUCAGCCCACAGCUAAUUAGUUCUACAGUUAAAACUGGGAAGAAUCUCACUGCACCGGCUCGUAUCUGGUCUUGGUUUUUAUUGUUUGAUUUUUUAGCUGAUUUAGUUUCCUCGUGAAGUUUAAGCAAGUUAAUUGGCUAUUUUAAUUCAUUCGUGACCGUAGUCAUUUUUACCAAUGGUACAUGCUAUAUUAUUAUG